UGCUUCGACGAACUUAAAUGAAAACCGAAAGAAGUAUGGAGUCUCUUAGGAUAUACAUAAGUGGUGCUCACAGCACAGGCAAGACCACGAUUAUACAGGACCUCUGCCCCCAUCUUCCGGGGGUUAGGGUAGAAAUGGAAACAGCAAGACGUAUAAUAGAAAAACAUGGCUGGCAAAGAACUGACUUUCACCCACAGCGUUCUCCUCAAGUUUUUGAACAGUUGAACACCGAAAUUCUUUUAGCAAAUAUCAAAAUUGAAAAUGACAACUUUCUUGAAAAAAGAGAUUUUCUUUGUGACCGAUGUCUGGAUCCAAUGGCGUAUGUAGAGAUGUAUCUUGGACCUGAAGCGUUUGAGAGGAUCAAACAAACAAAAGAACUCGGGCACAUGAUACAGAGGUUACGGUCAGCUGUGAUCUUUCUUAUUGAGCCUCAACCUGAGUGCAUCUCAGAUGACAAAGUCAGACUGGUGUCUACAUUUGAGGAACUAUGCAAGUACACGACCUACUUAAAAAGACUAUACGACAGUUUCGCCAUCCCUUACGUAACAGUGGAUAUACUUGAUCGCAGGGAACGUGUAUCCUUCAUUCUUCAAUGUUUGCACACCAGAGCAUCAAUGAAAACUAAAUGAAAUGUUUAAAGUUAUGAAAAUGUCUUG